AUGGCGACUGCCGAAGCGCAUCUUCUCCGGCUGGCAGUAAGCUGUCGGAAACUAACGGCACACGUCACUGCCGGCGCGACUGAUGCAAUUAUCGCGAUGGCUUCUUCAGGCGAACAGGAAUUCGCCGCUGCUAACCGGUACAGGCUAUACCGCUACCCUCGCUCCCGACGAUUCUGGGACGAACGCGUCGCUGCUCGCUUAGGAGAGAAACUAGCCGUCCGCCUCCGCCAGAUUGGCAUCUCAGAUGUCCAACUCCGCCUCGAAGACGGUGACCGAGAACGCCUCUCUUUGACUCACCAUUACCGCCGGUCAAUUGCUUCCCUGUUUCACUCUGUGGAGCGGGCUGGCAUCCGUGUUGAUGGUGCUGACGAGCUCCGAUGCGAUCGUGAUCCUCAGGCUGG